CUCUUUCCAAGCAGCAACUCACUCUCCAUCUAUAAAAAUUUCCCUUCUCCGAUUCCAAAACCAAGCAACAAAGUAUCCUCUCUCUCUCUCUCUCUCUCUCUCUAGAUCUCGAUCUCGAUCUCGAUCCACAACGUACUGCGUAUACACAAUCAUGGUCAGCGCCGGCUUGGAUUCGAAGCCCAAACCCAAACCGGUUGUGAUUCGAGAGGUUUGGUCGGGCAAUCUCGAGUCUGAAUUCCAGCUCAUAAGAGACCUGAUCGAUCGCUACCCUUACAUCUCUAUGGAUACCGAGUUUCCCGGCGUAGUUUUCCGCCCACCCGCCUCCGCCGAUCCGCACCAGAGGCGGCGCCUCCAACCUUCUGACCACUACAAGGUGCUCAAAUCAAACGUCGACGCCUUGAAUCUGAUCCAGCUGGGGCUCACCCUCUCCGACUCCGCCGGAAACCUCCCGGACCUCGGUGCCGGCGAGAGCGGCUUCAUCUGGGAGUUCAACUUCCGGGACUUCGACGUGGAGCGUGACGCCUACGCGCCAGACUCCGUGGAGCUGCUCCGCCGCCAGGGCAUCGACUUCGACCGGAACCGGUCCGAGGGGGUCGACUCAGGCCGCUUCGCCGAGCUGAUGAUGUCGUCGGGCCUGGUCUGCAACGAGUCGGUGAGCUGGGUGACGUUUCACAGCGCGUACGACUUCGGGUACCUGGUGAAGAUCCUCACGCGCCGCUGCUUGCCGGGUGGGCUGGAGGACUUCUUGGGGAUUCUGAGGGUGUUUUUCGGCAACAACGUCUACGACGUGAAGCAUCUGAUGAGGUUCUGCCAGAGCUUGUACGGGGGGUUGGACCGGGUCGCCAGGACGCUGGAGGUGGACCGGGCGGUCGGGAAAUGCCACCAGGCCGGUUCGGAUAGCCUGCUGACGUGGCACGCCUUCCAGAAGAUGAGAGAGAUGUUCUUUGUAACGGACGGGCCGGAAAAACACGCCGGCGUCCUCUAUGGAUUAGAGGUUUUCUAGUUCUUGAAGUUGGAAUUAUUCCUUUAUAAUUCUUUUGGAAAAACAAUAACUUGUAAAUUUAAAUUAAAUAAUUCAAAGUAAAAAUAUUUUCAUUA